AAUCAGCGGCUCGACACGCCACUGAGAAAUCCGCUUGCAUAACGAGCACAGUGAGACAGAGUAGUAGAGCGAUCUUUGUCUUCCAUGGCGACCGCGUCUGAGGAAGUUGCACCCGCCGUCGCCGUUGACGAGGCGCCGGCGCCGGAGAAGGUGGCUGAGGUGACGGAGGCGGCCGCUGUGGAGACGCCGGAGAAGGUGGAGGAGGCGCCGAAACCUGCGGAGGACGAGGCGAAGAAGGCAGAGGAAGGGGAGGAGAAGAAGGCAGAGGAGGGGAAGAAGAAGGCGAGGAAGCCGCGGAGCAGGAAGCCCAGGUCCGCCGGGCCGCACCACCCGCCCUACUUCGAGAUGAUCAAGGAGGCGAUCCUGUCGCAGGACAGCAAGGCGGGGGCGAGCCCGUACGCGAUCGCCAAGCACAUGGGGGAGAAGCACCGGGACGUGCUCCCGGCCAACUACCGCAAGGUGCUGGCCGUGCAGCUGCGCAACUUCGCCGCCAAGGGCCGCCUCGUCAAGGUCAAGGCCUCCUUCGGGCUCGCCGCGGCCGAGGAGAAGAAGGCCGCCUCCGUCGCGAAGGCGAAGGCGCCGGUGCCGGCGGCAGCGGCUCCCAAGCGCAAGAGGGCGGCUGCCUCCGCCGCGCCCGCCAAGAAGAAGAAGCCGGCGGCCCCCGCGGAGGCGAAGAAGGCGCGCGCGAAGCGGGCGAGGAAGGCGGCCCCGGCGCAGCCGAAGCCGAAGCAGCGGCAGCAGACCAGGCCCGUCCGCGCCGCCGUCGCCAAGAAGGCCGCCGCCAACAAGGCCAGCGCCUGAUGAACCGCCGCCGCCAGCUCUUUGUUUCGUUUUGGUCCCGUACGCGCGCCCCCGUGUACGCGCGUGAUCGCGUGUUGUAUUGUAAAUACCGAAACCCAGCGGGGUGUGAUGCCAAUAAGCGCGUGCUUGGAGCUUCUGCUGGUGGUGCUUGGGAGAAGAAGAUGCCGGGUGUAGUGAUGUGCUAGUUAUGUGGACUGAUGAUCAUCGUGCUUAGUUCAAAUCGCUGCUACCGCCUUUUCUCAA